CUCUCUCUGAGCCAAUGGGAGUCAGCGCAAAGAUGUUUUUCACUGUAUAAGGGCGGGCCUUCGGGGAUGAUGGACACGUUUGCUUUGAGCUCUGGCCAAAUCUUCGGUGUGGACUGUAGUUGAGAUUUUUGGAGGCUGAGGUAGUGGGGCGUACGUUAUUUUUUGGAGGAGAACAGAGCGCGAGUCCACGUUUGGAAAAGUCUCCCCACACGCAUCGUUGGAAAUUAACAACAGGUUGACUUGUCACCAUGACAACGGAAGCAGGCUCUGAGACAGAGGUGAAGGAGAAAGCAGAGGAGUCAGCUGCUCAGCCUGACCAAUCGGAGAAGGCCACGGAAGAGUCCCAGGAAGAAGCAAACGCUGAGAUAGAGGAGAAAGAAAAGGCAAAGGUGAAGGAAAAAGAGGGGAAGGAAGGCAAAGGAAUAUCUCGAUACCUGCCAACAUGGCUUAAGAAGCAGAAGUCUCAAACCCAGACCUCCCCGAAAAAGGAGGUCCCCCCCACAGAGGAACCUGUUAGCAAGGUGACGCAGGAAGAGGAGGGGCCUGCCCCAGAAGCGAACGGUCACACAGAGGAAGUGGAAGAGAAGGAGGAAGUCAAGUCAGAGCAAGUGAAGGAAAAAGAAGCAGAAUCUCAUUCCAACGCAAGCGCAGAAACUGAGCCUGCCAAGGAGGAGAAGGUGGAAGAGAGUGCAGAGAAAAGUCCGGAAGAGACCAAGGAGACAACAGAGGGAGAAGGAGCAGAGGAGGAGACGAAAGAGCAGGAGGGAGCGGUGGAGGCUGAAGGGGAGGCAGGAGAAGGCCAGACCUCUAUUUUCCAGUCUCCUCUUCGUCUGGUGAGAAAGAACAAGAUGAAGCUGGUUGUGUGUCAUGUGACCCUCCUGGAUGGGACUGACUUCUCCUGUGAGGUGGAGAAACGUGCUAAGGGUCAGUACUUAUUCUUUAAGGUGUGUGAGCAUCUUAAUCUGCUGGAAAAAGACUACUUUGGCCUGACAUACAAGGACAACCAUGACCAGAAGUGUUGGUUGGACCCCACUAAGGAAAUUAAAAGGCAGAUACGCAGUAACAACUGGCAGUUUGCAUUCAACGUCAAGUUCUACCCUCCUGACCCAUCCCUCCUCAUUGAAGACAUUACAAGGUACCUUUUGUGUCUGCAGCUCCGUGAAGAUGUGGCUUCUGGACGACUCCCUUGCUCAUUUGUAACUCAUGCUCUGCUGGGCUCAUACACACUGCAGGCAGAAAUUGGUGACUAUGAACCUGACCAGCCUCGCCCUCUGGACUUCAUUAGUCAGCUCACCUUUGCACCUAAUCAGAACAAAGAAAUGGAGGAGAAGAUUCUUGAGCUCUACAAGUCCCACAGGGGAAUGACACCGGCGCAGGCCGACACACAGUUUCUUGAAAAUGCCAAGAAGCUGUCAAUGUACGGCGUGGACCUGCACCACGCUAAGGAUUCAGAGGGUGUGGACAUCAUGCUUGGCGUGUGUGCCAAUGGACUCUUGGUCUACAAAGACAGACUUCGGAUAAAUCGCUUUGCUUGGCCCAAAAUACUCAAGAUUUCAUACAAGAGGAACAACUUUUACAUUAAGAUCAGACCUGGAGAGACGGAGCAGUUUGAGAGUACAGUGGGAUUCAAACUCCAGAAUCACAGAGCUGCCAAAAGGCUGUGGAAAGUCUGUGUGGAGAAUCACAGUUUCUUCAGGUUAAAUGCACCAGAGCCUUCUACUAAGUCCCGCUUUUUGACUCUGGGCUCAAAGUUUCGUUACAGCGGGCGAACUCAGGCCCAGACCCGCCUGGCCAGUUCCCUCAUAGACCGACCGGCACCCAGCUUUGAACGCACAUCAUCAAAGCGCAUCAGCCGCAGUUUGGAUGGAGCACCAAUGAUCAGCAUAACUGAAGCUGGCAGGGAGUCAGCUGAGAAUGGACGUGAGCCUCACCUGGAGCUCCACUCAGACUCAAAGGUUAAGGAGGUGGAGAUGAGCCCUGGCGAUGCAGAGGCCAUGCCAUCCCAGCAGUCACCUGGAUCCAGUGAACUUGGCCCCCCUCAGGACCAUGAUAAGACCCAAGAAGAGGUUCUGAAACACCAAGCUAGCAUUAGCCAGCUAAAACGCUCCUUUAUGGAAGCUCCACCUCCCUCUCCUCCUCAGCCCAACCAGUGGAAGAAACGUCUCACCUCCUCUCCUGCUACAACGAUACGUUUUCAACAGCAACAAGUGGUCAGUGUGCCCCAAACAGAAGCAGCCACAGCUGAUAACACGAUCUCUGAUACCAAAGAACUUGCAAAGACAACCGAGGUUGAAAUCGAGGAAACUGUUGUCGUCCAAGAGAUUUCCAGAGCUCCCAAACCUGGACUUGUCACAGUUGCUGCCGGUUCCCCCGCUGCUCCACCUGCAGAGCAGGAAACGAGGGAGCAGGAAGUGAGAGUUCAAGAGGAAGCUGGGGUAGUUGAGGAAGCAGAGCCGAGGAAGCAAGAGAGCAUUUCAUCUGAGAGUGAGAGUGAAGAAGAAGCAGAGUACCAUCCAUAUCUCCCUGUGUCCAUCUCUCAUACACAAAUACCAGAGGAGAAGGAAGAGGAAGAAGAGCAGGAGAGGCAAGAGGAUGAUAAGAGGGCAGAGCAGGAAGUGUUGGAUUCAGAUGCGCCUUCUCUUCUAGCUGAAGUCAUCCAACCUGCAGAGGAAACCAGUCAAGAAGAAGAGUCCAGGAAAGAGGACAACGCAGAGGGAGAGAAGACAAAUGCUGAGGAAGAGAAAGAAGUUGAGCGUGAGACAGAGGAGAGCACUGAGGAUCCAAUGGUGACACCCGAUGAAGCUCCUAACAGCCUCACCCUGCCUGAGGAGUGUGUGACUGGAAUGGAUGCUCUUGCAGAGGAAGAGGAGGAGCCUAAAAUGAACGGAGAGGCCUCGCUGAUUGAAGCGGAACCGCGGCCACAGGUUAUUUGUUGCUCUGAGCCACCUGUGGUAAAGACAGAAAUGGUGACUAUAUCAGACACGUUUGCAGCCCAGAAAACCGAGAUAGCCACAAAAGAAGUGCCCAUCGUACAUACGGAAACCAAGACCAUCACAUACGAGGCCGCGCAGUUGGAUGGUAAUGGUGAUGGUGAGCCUGGAGUGUUGAUGACUGCUCAGACAAUCACCUCUGAGUCUUUGUGUACUACAACAACUACACACAUUACCAAGACGCUAAAAGGUGGCCUAUCGGAGACAAGGAUUGAAAAACGCAUUGUCAUUACUGGUGAUUGUGACAUUGACCACGAUCAGGCACUGGCCCAGGCCAUUAAGGAGGCCAAAGAGCAACAUCCUGACAUGUCUGUUACCAGAGUGGUGGUUCAUAAAGAAACUGAGCUGGCGGAGGAGGAUUGACUGAACUCAGAGUUGAAGGGCCCGUCGUGACCAUUUUUCUCUGAAUGACCUUCAUCACCCUACGACGACCAACCUUGACUGACAAGAAGGGGAGGAGAGGGAGAGGAGCUAAAGAACAGGGAAAGAAGUGUUUGACAAAAUGGACCGAAGUUGCCACUCUGUUCCUUUCUUAUUGUCUGUGGUGUGACCUAAAUCCCUCACUGCAAAACCAAGAAAAAGGAAAAAAAAAAAAAUGCUCUCACUGUUUGUGAGGGAACAAAAAGAACCACUUUGUUAGCUUAACAAUUGUAGCUAUUUUUUUUUCUUUUUUUUAAGUUGUGCUUUUUUGGUAAUUGUUUUAUAAACAGAGAUGAUAGCGUGUCUGUCCUGUAUCACAAAGAAAAAAAUGAGGGAUGCACUGAUAAUCUGGAUUAAAUUGUAUCCUUGUUUUUGAUUAUUUUGUAUCAGUACCAAUGACGUUCAGCAAAAGUCGAUGCCAGUUUCUUGCAAAACAGGAAGCUGAGAUGCUCAGAUAGAGAAAGCCUUUAUCAUAACAAUUUUUGUGCAAAUCAGCUGAAAGUGAUACUUAGGUUUUGCACCUGUACCUGGCUUUGGUGCAUUCCUAUAGAAAGGUAACUUGUUAAAUUACAGCUCCCCCUCUUACUUCCUAAUGAUGUAAAUGGAGAAUAAUAUAAUAAUUUCUAUACAGCAUGAAGGAAAUGGGGUGUCACAGCUUGGUCUGCUAUUUUUUCCUUUUACACAAAGUGUAACACACUCACUUCCACAUAUUCAUAGGUGAAUGGUAGAAACUUAUGCCUCACAUUAUCGCUUCUGCUUCCUAAUCAUUAGAGCAGAGCGGGAGCUGUAACUUAAACUUUUGUAGGAGAGUCAUCCAGGUGUUUGAUUCUGUGAUAUUUUUUUUUUUCCAUUUCCUGUAAGUAUAGUUAUUAUUCAUCAACCAUUCCUCGUGUGUGACUAGUGGCUGAGAAAGUCCAUUUUCAGUUCAAUUCAAUUUUUCACUAAACUCGAAGGAGAAAUGCUGAUUUUAAAAUCUAAAUGGGGUCAGUGGGCUUCAGUAGUAGCACACAGAUGUAGGUGGAAUAAAUUCCAGAAAUCUUACAGUUUUAAAAUGCUUACUUUAAGAAAACUGAACUGAAGCUGGAUUUGAACUGAAAAUGACUCCUCUGCACAGUAAAAAUGAAGGUUAUUGAUGGGAGCAGCUUUUCACUCCCCGGGCUCGUCCUCUGUACGACACUAACCAUUCCUGCUGGGCCUGAGGGGAGUGAGGGAGAAGUAAACUGACUUCUGAUUGGGCGCGAAGAGCGGUCAAGUGAAGGAUAAUUGGGAGAGUUCCCAAUAAGUACCAGGGAAUACAAAAAGAUUUUGAAUAAUAAUGCAUGUUUUCUUGCAUCACACAGUGAAGUUUUUUUUUUAAAUAUUCUAAAGGCAAUGCUUAAUGCAAAAUUAAUACUGCUAUUUAAAUUAUUCAGAAUGAGCUUUGUGCUCCAACUAGCACAGGUACCAAAAUGAGAACAGCUUGAAACAAGUUCAGUCUCAAAUUAAUGCAGUCUGCUAACUCUACCAAGGAGCCUGUUUACCAUUAUAGUUAAGCUCAGUUCAUUCCAGGCUUCUUUCCAUAUCUGAUAUAAUACGAAAUGGGAUUAAAUUCAGCACGUCUUCACAAAAAUUUAAUCUACACGAGUAUCUUGAGUGAGUCUAGAUGGGAUGCUACCGCGUUGAUUGGUUUGAGAGUGUGUGGACCAUCUCGGCUCAUACGGCGUGUCUAGUUAAAACGAUCUGACGCGACUCCGGCUGCAUUGUAACUGUUUUACUACAGCCAAACGUUCUGCUGCAUCAAAGUGACUCUGUAUGAAUUUCUUUUUUUUUAUUGCAUUCCGCUGAUUUCCUCGUUUACCGCACCAAAACACAACGCUCUGAAUCUGUCGCCACACUACAAACUGAGGCUUUAGUUAAAACCCACCAGCCAAAAUGCAGCUUAAAGGGAAGUGUGAGGGUUUGAAGUGCUCUUGAACCCCCCCUUAAAUGGAAUCUCAUUAUGUUUUAUUCAUUUUCUGUCUUUUUACAAAGUCCACUGAAAUGCAGCUUUGUGUAAAUAUUAGGGGCAUUACAUGUGUUAGGACAAGGCGCUUGGUCUAAUGCGUUUACUUUGACAGAGUUUCAGCAUGAGCAGCGAAAAAAGACAUAAGUCAUAUUCUCCUGAAAUUGAACUGACUGUAAGUGAAUAAGUGCCACUGAUUAGCAUAACAAAGAUUCCAGCUAGACUGAUCUGGUUUGAGCUACACCUCCAUCUUUGACAUAUUUAAAUGGGAGGCAAAAAUGAUCUUUUAUUUUUUUUUUAGAAAAAAAAUGACACGCAAGUCAAAAAA